AUGACAACCAUUCAGACAUCUUCUGGGGGUGCUCCGGAUCCCACGGAAACUGUCCUGGUGACUGGAGGCUCCGGCUUCCUCGCAUCCCAUGUCGUCCGUGAGCUAUUGCACCAAGGAUAUUCUGUCCGAGUCACUGUUCGAUCCGAGGCUAUGGUAAAGAAGGUCCUCCAAGCACAUGCUCCCGACAGCCAACGGCUUUCAUAUGUCCUCGUUCCAGAUAUGAUCAUCCCGGGUGCAUAUGACAUAGCUGUCCAAGGUGUCACCGGGGUGUUUCAUGUAUCUUCGCCCUGUACAUUUAACGCGACAGACAACACCAAUGAUCUUCUCAUCCCAGCUGUAUCCGGGACUCGAGGCAUCUUGCAGUCCAUCAAACAAUAUGGGCUAGAUGUCAAGCGGGUUGUGUUGACGUCGUCGAUAGCCGCGAUGAUUGAUCCUAGUGUUGGUUUGGACCGUGAUUAUCAUUAUAACGAGGAAGACUGGGCUAAAACAACUUGGGAUGAAGCAGCCAAGGGGUCACCAGUUGUUGGAUACCUUGCUAGCAAACAGCUUGCCGAGCAGACGGCAUGGGAAUUUAUCGAAAACGAGCAGCCUUCUUUCGACCUUGUCACUAUUUGUCCGGCAAUGAUUAUGGGACCAAUUAUGAUUCCAACCCACGAUCUGUCCGCCAACCUCUCUCUUGGCUCUGUGUAUCAACUCAUGGAGGGAAAGCUAGACGUCCCAGGAGAAACGCCUUUCCCUGUCUACGUUGAUGUCAGAGACGCAGCUAAAGUCCAUAUCCGAGCCUAUGAAGAAGCCAUUGCCUCUAAUCAAAGAUAUUCGACUUCGUCCGGCACCUACACCCAGCAGCAGUUAGUUGAUAUCAUGAAAAGGCACUUUCCCUCUCUUAAGGGGCGCCUCCCUGCUGGAAGAACCGAGGAGAGUGAUUUACUCGGUAUAGAUAGCAGCAAGGCGAGAAAAGACCUUGGAUUUGCUCCGAGGAGCCUUGAAGAAACGAUAGUGGACACUGUGCAUCGGUUUUUGGAAAUCGAGCAGAUUGAAGAUUGA